CAACAGCUGAUCAAGCGGAACCGACCGAGCAGAGCCGAACCGAGGAACAAUACCGAACAACGAGGGAAGGCGAGAUACGCAUAUAGACGGACGCAGAGGGAUAUUUGGUGGAUUAUUAGUAAGACGCGUUAAAAGGCGCAGCAGGGAUGGCGGCUUUAUCCAGCUGGGAGCUGUGUGUAAAGUACGCACUCUUCAUCUUCAAUUUCAUAUUCUGGUUGGCAGGCACUGGCGUCCUGGCUGUUGGGCUCUGGCUACGCUUUGACUCCAGGACAUCAGGCCUCUUGGAUGGACAAGAAUCCGCCACCGUCUUCGUCACAGGUGUGUACAUCUUGAUCGCAGCAGGGGCUCUGAUGAUGGUUGUGGGAUUCCUGGGGUGCUGUGGAGCCAUUAAAGAGUCUCCGUGCAUGCUAGGCCUGUUCUUUGUUUUCCUCCUCCUCAUCUUUGCUGUGGAGGUGGCUGCCGGGAUCUGGGGCUUCUCCAACAAAGACAAGGUUGUGGAGGACCUGACAGAGUUUUAUAAACAAACCUACACAAACUACAAAGACACCAAACAGGAGGCGCUGAAGGAGACGCUGCGCCUCAUACACUUUGGGCUGGCCUGCUGUGGUCCCACGGGAACGGUCAUCGACGCCGCCAAAGACACCUGCCCCAAGCAGGAGGGGCUGGCCAGCUUAGUCACCACGAGCUGUCCAGCCGCCAUCAAUGAAAUGUUCAACAGCAGACUCCACAUCAUCGGUGGGGUCGGCAUCGGCAUAGGAAUCAUCACGAUCUUUGGAAUGAUCUUCAGCAUGAUUCUCUGCUGUGCCAUUAAAAGGUCCAGGGACUACGUCUGAACCUCCGGAGAGACACGACACCGCCUUUAACACUCCCUGUAAUGUCGUAAACCUGCUGCUUUAGCAUUUAUGUGCAUUAAUUAACAACCUUCCUCACUUGAUCCACACUGGAGGUUCAGGUUAAUUACUAGUGAGAGUAUGGAUCUAAACCAAUACUUAUUUUGUUUGUAACUAUGAGAUGGGUAGAGAAAUACGAAUAUUUUCCAGCAUUAAGUAAAUAUUUAUAUUACUGAUACCUUUGUUCGGAUCUGGACUGUUCAGCGGUCUAUUAUGCGAGGUUUCACAUAUUUGUGCCUUAUUAUAUGCUGAAGGUUAGAAGCUUUUUUUUAUACAACAAAAUAACAGAACUACGGAGGUUUAAUGCCAAAUAAAUGAACUAAUAAACUCUAAAUUGUG